ACAAAACAUUCAUUCAUUCGAACCGUGCGAAGAAGAAAACCAGAGAAGAAAACCAGAAUCACUCACCAGCCGAACGAUUUAGGGUUUCUUAGCAACGCGAUUUAGGGUUCCUCCGCCGAUUUAGGGUUCCUCCGCCGAUGUUUCUUAGCCGCCGCCAGCCGAACCGCCGAAGUCCGUAACGCCGACGAAAGAGCGACCCUCCGAUGCUACUCACCGGCGGAAUGCAUGGCUUCCCUUUGUCGGCGAUCGCGAACGAUUGGGAAGAGUCGAGAGAAAAGGAAAAGAGUAGGUUGGGAACCCUAAAACGAAAAAGGGGAAAGUGAUCUGAAUCCCCUUUUCGUCUCCAACUAUGUCGUUUUACUUUUUAAUAAAAAAAAAUUCCACGUGGCAAAGACGAAAACCAAAACGCGCCACAUCAGCCGCAACCGUUAGUCCAGUCAGCUAGUUAAGUGGACCGUCAAAAAAUAGGACGGAAAUGGCUACAUCUGUGUAUUAUUCAAAAAGUGGCUAUAUCUGUCAAAACCGUGAAAGUUAUGGCUACACGGGUGAAUUAAACCUACAAAAUAUUAGCUAAAUCUUUUGUAACGCAUCAAAAUAUUAGUUAUUUGCCUGUUACCGUUGGUAAUUUUGUAACUAUUUUUUUAUUUGAAAUACUAAAAUUUUAAAAUAUUGACUAUUUAUGUUUACGGUAUAUAUAUUAUAUUGAAAUGCGGCCCAGUACUUUACUGUGUUCUGUAUCCGUCGCUGCGUCCAACAAGGGAGAUUUCAUAGCCGCCGUCCACGACAAUCCUAUCACAACUGUUGAUCUCCUUAGAGCUCGACUGCUCUUCUUGGUCACGUUGGCGUCGUCCGCCUCCGACGACCCGUUUAGCGUGGACCACAGAAGGCUACACGCAAGAGGUCCAAUCUUUUCCCCGUGUUGCUAUUCCCUCACCAGUUUGCCAUCGUCUUGGCGAUGUUCUUUUUAUCAAUGGCAUCGGCUGUCGUCUUUAGGAAGUCAAGCCUCAUCGCCGUCCAGUUGAGUAAUCAGUCCCUGUCGGCUGUCGUCGCCAAGUCACAACCUCUUACUUACUCGACGUCAGGAGAGCUUAUGUCCACUCCGGCCUCUGACUCAGCACCGAUUACCAUCCACCUCACCAACUCUGUGUUGCACUUGCCGUCACAACACCUCUAUUCUCCGUUCCUCUGCAGCUGUCUUGUAAUAGAAGGAGAAAGAUGUAGAAGACGAAUGGAAGUGGCGACUGUUGUCUCCAUCUGUUCCGGACGUCUGAGUGUCUUCAUCACGAUUCACGGCCGCUCAAGGUCACGUAGAGAGGAGAAUCUUCACCAACAUCAAAGUCAUGGCAUUGAAGAUACUCGUGACCUGCAGCAGUAGUGGUCGCCACUUAAAUAGCUAGUGUUGGGACGAUAGAGGAGCUCUCAUCAACAAAGUUUAAUCAAGUCAUACAACAAGGUCACGAUCCAAGGAGCAAUUGUCCCCUCGGAGUUCAGAAUCAGGUAAUUUUCAGUCUUCACCAUUCUAAAUUUCAAGCUGCGCAUUCACGUCAUUCAUGCUCCAGCUUGAGAGGGAGAAUAUGGAAUCAUAGGUUGACCAGUUCAGUCAUCAAGUCGACCGCGUUUAUAUAUCAGUCAAGUUGUAAGGAGGAGCACAGUCAUCAAUGCAGUUAGUAGUCUCCAAAGUCAGCAACGCAUUCAUCAGUCUCCAGUCUCAUCCAAGACGUCAAGGAAUUUUGCCAUGCUGAGUUCAUUGUCAUAAGAACUGGGUCAAACAUGGAGUAGUUCCAUCAUUUUUCUACCUCUCGCGCAAGCGAACAAAGUCACAUCCCGUUGGACGUGCUUGUCAGCAAGAUGUUAUUUGAGUGUUGUUCAGUUUCAAGCUCGACAUUCUUGUCAUUCAUGUCUUCGCUUGUGGGGGAGUGUUGCGGAUAUUAAUUACUUAGUCCAAGUAAUUAAUUCCUUGUCUUACAAGUCCCUUGUUUUCUUGUCAUCGUAAAAGAAGGAAACUUGGUUCUCAUUAGGGUUUUAAACCUACGUCUAUCUCUAUAUAAGCUUAGCUACCGUCCUAUCGUAAGUAAGCCGUCACAGUUUAGUCCUCUAAUAAAACGUCAGUCUUGAGCUCUUUGGAGCUCAUUGUGGAUUAGUCUCGAUCAAUCAAUCGAACGAGGAUACCACGUAAAAUCUUGUGUUCUGUGUUCUUUCGAUCUUCCGCGUUAUCAAAUUCUUCAAUCUACGUCUGGUAAUCCGUCUGGCGGAUCAAGAUAAUUGUUGAGCGGAGGACACAAAGUUCGUGUUUCUUGUCUUAAGGGGAGUAUUGUUAUGGUACAAUCUAAGUACCACAUCGGAAAUACAAGGGAAAUAACUCUUGUAUAUAAGUGUCCACCUAGCUCAAUUAGUACGAGGUCUUUUGGGAAGAAACCCAAGAGUAAAUCUGUACGGGCUUGGCUCAAAGCGAACAAUAUCGUGUUAUUGGAGCAUUCGGUCUCAACUUAUGAUAUCAAAGCCUGGUCUUCGAGCGUGGAUCCGGAGAAGUGGGCGUCGCUUUGGUGGACCCUCACUUGACAACCUCAUUGUUUGAGAUUUGCUUUUGUUUGGCGGAUCAAAGGAGAUUCGCGCAUGUUUGUCAGCUCAAAGAAUAACUGCAUCUAGUAAAUCCUCGAGUCAAAAGGCAUGUCGAUACAAGGUGUCUAGUAGAUCAAGAUAAUCACUGGGGGAAUGACAAGAAGCUGUGGUUCUUGUCUUGAAGGAAACAUUGUAUGUACAAUUUAAGUACCACAUUGGAAAUAUAAGGGCAUGAUCCUUUGUACUUUAGUGUAGACUGGUCCAAUUAGUAUGAGGCCUUUUGGGGAGGAUACCUAACAAUAAAUUCGUCUCGGUUUUGCCCAAAGCGGAUAAUAUCGUACUAAUAGAGCAUCCGAUUUCAACAAGUGGUAUCCAAGUCUAGUUUUGGAGUUCGGAUAUGAGGUUGUGGACUUCAGUCUCGUGGACCAUCAUUUUGUGACCUCGGAAUUUGAGAUUUGCAUCUAUCUAGCGAAUCAAUGGAUAUAUGUGUAUGUGAAUAUAUUUGGUUGAUACAACGAAGAUUUGCAUUUGUUUGGUGGAUCAAGAGAAAUUUGUGUCUGUCUAAUAGAUCAAAGAAGAUCUGCACAUGGUAAAUCCUGGUGUCGAAAGCCUUUCAAUACAAUAUAUCAGGAGGAUCAAGUAGAUGGAUGAUGUUGGUCUUAUGUCGAAUUCUCUAGAGUUUGACUGGACGUCCAUUUAGUUUGUGCCACAAAUCUAUUAUGAGUUUGAACCAUAACAUUACAUGGCAUGUAUAUGCAUAGACAAGCUGUUGAAUCCAAGUUUGAACCAUAAUAUUAUUUUGUUCUGUCAAUAUUAUUUAGAUUUUUAAGGUAAUUCAUACUAUUAUUGAGUAUUAUAUUUAUUAAUUUUACGUCUCAAAAAAUAUUCUCCGUGGAGAAUCAUCUAAUUGACAGAACAAUGCUUUAAUUCGAUAAUCAAACAACCAAGUAAAAGGGUGAGAUUUUGGUGCAUAACCUCCUUUAUAUACAGUUGGCAUGGAUCUCAAGAACUAUAGUUAAUGGGUUUUCUAUUUAUUGUUCUCAAGAUUGUAGCUUAUGUGACGAUCUUCGACACUUUAAAAAGCAUCACAAUUAGUCCCGAAGGGGAUGAAAGGUAAAGCAAAAUAGAGGUCUUGAGCCCACACAGAUCCAACAUUUAGAAAUGUAGCCAUGCAUGAGCACCCUGAGACAAUGUACUUUUGCUAAAACUUAUCACCGACUUUCUCAAAUUACUCUGAUGCCCAUUAAGAGCUCCAUAUGAAUUUAAAAGAGAAAGUAGGGUCUCGUACAAGUCUGCGGAGACUCUUGUAAAAAGAGGUAAGACUCAUUUGCGAAGCACAAAUAGGCGAUGAUGAGGCAGUAUCUUUGAAUUUGAAAGCAUUAGAGUAAUCCAACUUCCAUUGUCUGAGUGAAAAUUCAUAAAAGUCUGUUUGAACAGAUGGCGAAUAAUAACUGGAAUAUAAG